CAUCUGCGUCACUGUUGAUCGCUUUCCCCGAGAACAGAAGACGCUCAACUUCCAUUACCGCCAAACCGGGAGACGUGAAGUCAAUCUCCGCUUGAACUGAACGUGAGCUGCCGCCUCGCCACUCUGAAUAUCUCGACUUGACCGCCCCUUAAAAUGUGUAUAAAUGCAAUGUAGUUCCAGCAUCAGUUAGACUUGAUGACUGCAGCACCAGUAGCAGUACGAUCUGAUUUAAAGACUUCACUAUCUACAAUAAAGACUACUACUGAAGACAAUACAAGACUCCUGGUCUCACUGGAAACAGUUUCCAACACUGACAUUGAUUGUUGGAAGAGUCGAGAGAAGACUGAAGACAUGAGUGAUCCAGACCUAUGCCGAAUUAAACAAGAAGACACAGAAGAACCCAAAGACUUAUUGGACCUGAAAGUUGAAAGUGAUGAACUGAAUGAAGUUGAGGAGAAACACUAUCAGACACCUCAUCAUUUCAAAAUGAGAGAAACAUCCAGUAGCUUGCAGAUGGAAAAUACUUUCUCUCUAAAAAGAAAGCAAAGUACAGAAGCGGGCAAAUCCUCACCUCAUUGUGAGAACGGUUUUACAUCAAAAAGACAUUCUGAGGAACAUGUGAGAAUUCAAACCAGAAAGCGUCCAUACACAUGUCUGCAGUGUGGAAAGAGUUUCACACAGAAAUCAAAUCUUGAUAAACACAUGAGAGUUCACACUGGAGAGCGUCCAUACCCAUGUCUUCAAUGUGGAAAGAGUUUCAAACAGAAACAAAAUCUUGAAAUGCACACGAGAAUUCACACUGGAGAGCGUCCAUACACAUGUCUUCAGUGUGGUAAGAGUUUCAGUCAGAAAUCAGGGCUUAAUCUGCACAUGACAGUUCACACUGGAGAGCAUCCAUAUGAAUGUCCUCAUUGUGAAAAGGGUUUUAAUCAGAAAUCGAUACUUGAAAGUCAUGUGAGAAUUCACACUGGAGAGCAUCCAUAUGCAUGUCUUCAAUGUGACAGGAGUUUCACACAGAAAUCAUAUCUUCAAAGCCACAUGAGAACUCACACCGGAGAGCGUCCAUUCACAUGUCUUCAGUGUGGAAAGAGUUUCACACACAAACAAAAUCUUAAUGUGCACAUGAGAAUUCACACUGGAGAGCAUCCAUACUCAUGUCUUGAGUGUGGCAAGAGUUUCACACAGAAAUCACAGCUUAAUCUGCACAUGACAGUUCACACUGGAGAGCAUCCAUAUGAAUGUCCUCAUUGUAAAAAGAGUUUUAAACUGAAAUCGAUACUUAAAAAACAUGUGAGAACUCACACUGGAGAGCGUCCAUACACAUGUCUUCAGUGUGGAAAGAGUUUUAUAGACAAAUCACAGCUUAUUGUGCACAUGAGAGUUCACUCUGGAGAGCGUCCAUAUACAUGUCCUUAUUGUGAAAAGGGUUUCAAACAGAAAGCGGCACUUGAAAGUCAUAAGAGAAUUCACACUGGAGAGCGUCCAUACUCGUGUCUUCAGUGUGGAAAGAGUUUUACAGACAAAGUCAUUCUUGACAGGCACAUGAAAAUUCAUACUGGGGAUCGUCCACACUCAUGUCUUCAGUGUGGAAAGAGUUUUAUAGGCAAAUCACAGCUUAUUGUGCACAUGAGAGUUCACUCUGGAGAGCGUCCAUAUACAUGUACUCAUUGUGAAAAGGGUUUCAAACAGAAAGCGGCACUUGAAAGUCAUAAGAGAAUUCACACUGGAGAGCGUCCAUACUCAUGUCUUCAGUGUGGAAAGAGUUACAUACAGAAAUCAAAUCUUGACAGCCACAUGAGAAUUCACACUGGAGAGCAUCAUACAUGUCUUGAGUGUGGAAAGAGUUUCAUAGGCAAAGUCAAUCUUAACAGGCACAUGACAGUUCACAUUGGAGAGCGUCCAUACCCAUGUCUUCAGUGUGGAAAGAGUUUUAUAGACAAAUCACAGCUUAUUGUGCACAUGAGAGUUCACUCUGGAGAGCGUCCAUAUGCAUGUCCUCAUUGUGAAAAGGGUUUCAAACAGAAAUCGGCACUUGAAAGUCAUAAGAGAAUUCACACUGGAGAGCGUCCAUACUCAUGUAUUCAGUGUGGAAAGAGUUACAUACAGAAAUCAAAUCUUGACAGCCACAUGAGACUUCACACUGGAGAGCGUCCAUAAACAUUGUCGUUAGUGUGAAAAGCAUUUUUAAACAAAAAGAAAAUCCUAAGGACCACAUGAAAAUUCACUAUUGAACGAGUGAUACUGUAAAAAAUGCUUGCUGAAACUAGUAACUUACAUCAAAUAGUCAAAUACUGCAAAUUAACAGUAAAACACUGUAUUAAUAUAUCUAGUGGGCUCCCUCCCAGAAUGUUGUAGAUGUUGUCUUAUAUAAAACACCUGAUAUUAAUUAGGGAGACAUUUCAAAUGUGAGGGGGGCUCGAGCCGAGGACUGGAGUUGAGAAACACUGCACUAGUGCAAUUUAUCUUGUUGUUAAUGCAUAUACUGUACAUUUCAUACUGUAAUAUGAACAGCAAUUUUAUGGUCUUUCCUCCAGUAAUGUACUGUGAGACAUUAAAUAUUUACCAUAACACUGUAAAAUGUAUUGA